GUCUGCACGCCGAGGUCCGCGCUGUGGCCCGUGUUUUCUGUGUGAGGUGAGAGCUGGCUGGCGGCCCAAUGAAGUUCUUGCAGGGAGAGGGGAGUCAGAGGGACUAGCCAGGGAGCCAGAUGGAAGAGCCAGGGAGCCAGACAGACUAGCGGGAAAGCCUAAUUGUCGCAGGAAGGGAGUCAGGAGGCUGGGAGGUCGACCUGACCCGGCCUGGAGAGGCGGGGAGGCGGGCGCGUAUCCUGGUUGCUUAGGUUUUGGGCUCCCUCUUACUCUGCCAAGCCGCUUAGCGGGAGGGAACGUGUUCCUGAUCAUCUUUACCCCAGGCUUCUGUCCGGGGCGUGUCAAUGUAGAAAUCCCUCAACGAAUGUUGGAUGAAUGAAGUUGAAGAGAGGAUAGGCGGGGAACGAGGAUGAGGGGGACGGCUGGAGAAGAGGUAUGGGAGGUUCGAUGUUUAAGGGAUGGCGCCCAAGGGGGACAUCGAGGCAGCACAGUAGCACUUCCUUUGCGAUGAGGGGCGUCUCUUUGGACUUCUUGGAAAAGAAGGUGGGCAUUGGAAACCAGGGUCUGGGAACAAACCGUGGUUUGGGCAUAACAUUUGUUACCUUCACUCUUCUGGGAGUUUGAGAAGUAGAGGAAGUUCAGACAAUUUCAUAAAUGUCUAAAAAGAGACAGUUAUGCGACCAUUGACGAGGAGUAAAAGUCGUCUAUUGAGCAUCUUAUUCACUACAAAUAGAAGAAAUACCAGUUUCCUGACAAGCCCCACCCCAUGCUUGGCCAGUUCCUGAGUACACUUAAUAUAUUUCAGAGGAAAAGAUGCUAGAACCACAGGAGAAUGGCACGAUUGACCUACCAGAUUAUGAGCAUGUAGAAGAUGAAACUUUUCCUCCUUUCCCACCUCCAGCCUCUCCAGAGAGACAAGAUGGUGAAGGAACUGAGCCUGAUGAAGAGUCAGGAAAUGGAGCACCUGUUCCUGUACCUCCAAAGAGAACAGUUAAAAGAAAUAUACCCAAGCUGGAUGCUCAGAGAUUAAUUUCAGAGAGAGGACUUCCAGCCUUAAGGCAUGUAUUUGAUAAGGCAAAAUUCAAAGGUAAAGGUCAUGAGGCUGAAGACUUGAAGAUGCUUAUCAGACACAUGGAGCACUGGGCACAUAGGCUAUUCCCUAAACUGCAGUUUGAGGAUUUUAUUGACAGAGUUGAAUACCUGGGAAGUAAAAAGGAAGUUCAGACCUGUUUAAAACGAAUUCGACUUGAUCUCCCUAUUUUACAUGAAGAUUUUGUUAGCAAUAAUGAUGAAGUUGCGGAGAAUAAUGAACAUGAUGUCACUGCUACUGAAUUAGAUCCCUUUCUGACAAACUUAUCUGAAAGUGAGAUGUUUGCUUCUGAGUCAAGUAGAAGCCUAACAGAAGAGCAACAACAAAGAAUUGAGAGAAAUAAACAACUGGCCUUGGAAAGAAGGCAGGCAAAGCUGCUGAGUAAUAGUCAGUCCCUAGGAAAUGAUAUGUUAACGAAUACACCCAGGGCACACACGGUUGCAGAGGUUAAUACUGAUGAGGAUCAAAAGGAGGAGUCAAAUGGAUUAAACGAAGACAUUCUAGACAAUCCAUGUAAUGAUGCUAUUGCCAAUACUUUAAAUGAAGAGGAAUUAAAACUAGAGGAAACACUGCUGGACCAGUCUUUUAAAAAUAUGCAACAGCAACUUGAUGCUACAUCUAGAAAUAUUACUGAAGCUAGAGUCUCACUCUGUCACCCAGGCUGGAGUGCAGUGGCGCAAUCUCGGCUCACUGCAAGCUCCGCCUCCCAUGUUCACGCCAUUCUCCUGCCUCAGCCUCCAGAGUAGCUGGGACUACAGACGCCUGCCACCAUGCCCGGGUAAUUUUUUGUAUUUUAGUAGAGAUGGGGUUUCACUGUGUUAGCUAGGAUGGUCUUGAUCUCCUGACCUCGUGAUCCGCCCACCUUGGCCUCCCAAAGUGCUGGGAUUACAGGCAUGAGCCACUGCGCCCGGCCAGCCUUUCUUUCUUUUCAAGCCUGUCCAAUGAAAACCCUAUUGGUGGAAGUCUAAAUUAGCACUACUGAUAAGGAAGACAAUUUAGUAAUAUGUAUUAAAGUUUCUUUUUCUUUUUCUUUUUGAGAUGGAGUCUCACUCUGUCGCCUAGGCUGGAGUGCAAUGGCGCGAUCUUGGCCCCCUGCAACCUCUGCCUCCCGGGUUCAAAUGAUUCUCCUGCCUCAGCCGCCCAGUUAGCUGGGAUUAUAGACAUGCACCACCAUGCCUGACUAAUUUUUGUAUUUUUAGUAGUAACGGGGUUUCACUGUGUUGGCCAGGCUGGUCUGGAAUUCCUGAACUCAGGUGAUCCACUGGCCUUGACCUCGAAAAGUGCUAGGAUUACAGUCGUGAGCCACUGCACCUGACCUAUCAGUUUCAUUUGUGCGUGCACACCUUUUGGGUCAGCAAUUCCAUCUCUAGGAAUUUUUCCAGGAAAUCAUCUGAAAUGUCUGUAUAAGUGUAUCCAUAAGGAUAGUUAUAAAUUUGAUUGCUUAGAACAGUGCUGCCCAACAGAACUUUCUGCAAUGAUAGAAAUGCUCUCUAUCUGUGUUGCCUAAUAUGUAGCCACUAAGCACAAGUGGCCACUGAGCAUGUACAAUGUGGCCAGUGUGACUGAGGAACCAAAUUUCUACUUCUAAUUUUAAUUAAAUUUAGGUAGCCCACAUGGCUAGUGCUACAACAUUGCACAGCAGACAACUAUACCAUUGGAUAUAGAAAAUUACAUUAAACAUUUAGGUAGUUUCCAAUUUCCUGCAUUACCCAAUGGUCUAGUUCUAUGCUGUGCAAUCUUGUAGCAACUAGUAAUAUGAAAUAGAAUAGAAAGCAGUUUCAAAACAAUGAUAUAACAUGGUGUGCUAUCAGUAACAGUUGGGUUACAUGAAAAAAGCAGAUUUCAAACAGCCCGCAUGGUAUGAUUUUUUUUUUUUUUUUUUUUUUUUUUUUUUUUUUUUUUUAAGACAGAGUCUCGCUCUGUCACCCAGGCCAGAGUGCAGUGGUGCGAUCUCAGUGGUGCAAGCUCUGCCUCCUGGGUUCACGCCAUUCUCCUGCCUCAGCCUCCCGAGUAGCUGGGACUACAGGUGCCUGCCACCAUGCUAAUUUUUUGUAUUUUUAGUAGAGACGGUGGUUUCACCGUGUUAGCCCGGAUGGUCUUGAUCUCCUGACCUCAUGAUCCACCUGCCUCAGCCUCCCAAAGUACUGGGAUUACAGGUGCAAGCCACCGCAUCCGGCCGAUAUUUUUAUAAAUAAAAAUGUUAGCAGUGUCUAGAAUCAUUAAUUGUUAGCUCUGGGUGGUAAGAUAACAGGUGAUGUUUCUGUCUUCGUAUCUUUUUUUUUUUUUUUUUGGAGAGACAGUCUCAAUUCUGUCACCUAGGCUAGAGUGCAGUGGUGCGAUCUCGGCCCACUGCAAUCUCCGCCUCCUGGGUUCAAGAGAUUCUCCUGCCUCAGCCUCCCAAGUAACUGGGACUACAGGUGCGUGCCACCACACCCAGCUAAUUUUUGUAUUUUUUGUAGAGAUGGGGUUUCACCAUAUUGGUCAGGCUGGUCUCAAAUUCCUGACCUCAAGUGAUCCGCCCUCAAGUGAGCCACCACGCCUGGCCUCUGUCAUCAUAUCUUUAUGCGUUGCUUGAAUCUUUAGAUUUCCACCUUUUGGAAAAAAAAAAUCUGAUAAUCUACUGUCAAAUCUCCCAAAUCCACAAGUUACGUGCCAACAUCUACAAAUGUUCUGAAAGCACUGGUUAGAAUAAUUCUAGAAUUUAAUUUGCUAGAAUAUAUGAUACUUCACUGUACUACACAAUAAAGCUGAUAUUUUCUUAGCAAGAGAUGACAGGUAAGAGAAUUUUGAAAUUCCCUCUUACUCGGUUUCUGUUGUUGAUAUGUCUGCAUAAUUCCUCAAGAUCUUUGUUGCUGAACAAAUUUCCCUUAAUUUCCAUUUUCUUAUCUUUUGAAAUGGCUGCCAUUAACAAGCGGUGUACUACAAUAUCUGAAUAUCUUCUUAUUGGAGAAGUAAAGUGGGUAUAUUUAUCUAAUGCAAGACCUUCAAAAAGAAAGCAAAAGAUCAAAAUAAACAAAAACUCUUUUAAAAUAACUAGCACAAAGUUACAGCCACACACGGGAAUAUGGUAUGAUUCACCGUAAUGAUGGAACUCCUCCUCCGCACAGGAUCCGGUGGAGAAAUACAGAGCAUUGGACAUGGCCUGCGUGGCCAUGGAGCGCAGCAGCCUGUUCACGAUGGGAUCGUGGGGGUCCUUUGCAUUAUCCAGAGAAUCAGCCAGUGUUUUAUUGGACCUGACAAAGAACAGAAAAACCGUUAGCUAGUCCCAGACAGUAAUUUACAAGACAACACUUUGAGAGGAACCCUUCGCUCAUCCGUCUGAAUACCUUCAUCUGCCAGUAAAUUUGUUUUGGACACAUUUCAGAAGCACCUCUUUUCAACUACAGAAAUCUAGUUUGCUUUACGGUUUAAACAAAGCAAGAGUGUCAGAAUUUAAAUACAUUUCUUAAGUAGAAA